UUGGGUCGCCGCGAGAGAGAGAGAGUGGACGCGCCGGGGGUUUGAGGAGCAGAAGCGGGCUGUCCACAUGGUCCAACCACUGGCGUGAAAGUUGACUUCUUCCGAAAACCAGAGAACAGGUGCCAGUGAUGAUGGUGGAAUCAGCGUCUGAGACAAUUCGAACAACGCCCUCCAACCAGAACGGAGUCAGCAGCCUCAGCAGCCAAUCAGACGGAGGAGGAGGUAGAGAGGGUGGAUCCAAUGGAGACACCAACGGAGAGAUCAGUCCAGUCGACUUACUGCACCUGCAGCAACAACAGGCGAUCCAGGCAGCCAGACAGUUCCUCCUCCAGCAGGCCUCUGGACUCAACUCCCCUGGCAGCAACGAGGUCAAACAGAGCGCUGUGCAGUUGCCUGUCUCCAUGGCUAUGAUGAGUCCGCAGAUGAUCACUCCACAGCAGAUGCAACAGAUCUUGUCUCCCCCUCAGCUCCAGGCCCUGCUGCAGCAACAGCAGGCUUUGAUGCUACAGCAGUUACAGGAGUACUACAAAAAGCAGCAGGAGCAGUUGCAUAUCCAGCUUCUGACUCAGCAGCAGCAGCAUCAGCAGCAGCAGCAGCAGCAGCAACAGCAGCAGCAGCAGCAGCACGCUGGGAAACAAGCAGCGAAAGAGUUAGGCAAUAAGCAGUUGGCCUUCCAGCAGCAGCUGAUCCAGAUGCAGCAGCUUCAACAGCAGCACAUCCUCAACCUCCAGAGACAAGGACUGGUCCCAAUGCAGCCCACCGCUGCCAUGCAGUCUCUGCAGCAAGCGAUGUGUCCGUCAGACCUCCAGCAGCUGUGGAAGGAGGUGUCAGGCGUGCAGAGCAGCGAGGAGGCCCUGAAACAGGCCGAGGGCCUGGACUUGAGCACCAACUCUACCUCAGCCUUCCCCAAAGCUGCCAGCGCUCACAUCCCACUGCACAGCCUGCAAAACGGACAGAGCCACACCCCAAAGAGAGACAGAGCCAGACUGUUUGAGUGGAUAUCCUCCUUCACCAAGGCAGACAGCGGAGAUGACCAUGUCCCCCUUUACUCCAAAGGAAGCCAACCCCCCAGCCAUCAUGAGGAACAUGCAGGCUCCCAUCCACUUUACGGCCAUGGAGAGUGUAAAUGGCCCGGCUGUGAAGCACUGUGUGAGGACAUGGGACAGUUCAUCAAGCACUUGAACAAUGAGCAUGCCCUGGAUGACCGCAGCACCGCUCAGUGCCGAGUCCAGAUGCAGGUGGUUCAGCAGCUGGAAAUACAGCUGGCAAAAGAGAGUGAGCGACUCCAGGCCAUGAUGACCCACCUGCACAUGCGCCCCUCAGAGCCAAAGCCUUUUAACCAACCUCUGAACCUGGCUUCCAGUGGCUCUCUGUUGAAGCGGGACAGCGAUGCCUACUCAGAGGGCCUUCAGCACCCCCCCACCUCGGCCGCCACCCCCAUCACCCCGCUGCGCCAGGGACCCUCGGUCAUCAGCUCCUCCAGCCUGCACUCACACUCCCACUCCCACACGCACGGUGUCGGGCCCAUACGGAGGCGCAACUCCGACAAGUAUUGCACCCCCAUCGCCUCAGAGCUGGCUCAGAACUGUGAGUUCUACAAGAACGCUGAUGUCAGGCCUCCCUUUACCUACGCCUCUCUUAUACGUCAUGCCAUUCUGGAGUCCCCAGACAGACAGCUGACUCUCAAUGAAAUCUACAACUGGUUUACACGGAAGUUCGCCUACUUCAGGAGAAACACAGCAACAUGGAAGAAUGCUGUGCGCCACAACCUGAGUCUGCACAAGUGUUUUGUUCGUGUUGAGAACGUGAAGGGAGCCGUGUGGACUGUGGAUGAAGUCGAAUACCAAAAGAGGAGACCACCAAAGAUGACCGGAAGUCCCACUCUGGUGAAAAACAUGAUUUCAGGCCUGGGCUUUGGAUCCCUAAACGCUAGCUACCAGGCGGCGCUGGCAGAGAGCAGUCUGUCCAUGCUGAACAGCUCCCCCCUGGUGAGCCCUCCGUCUGCAGCCAGCCUCAACAUGCUGCACGUGGGCCACGACGAUGUCAGCUCCACUGUGGAGCAGGUCAACAGCAACGGCAGCUGCAGCCCCACGCUCAGCCCUCACCAGUACAGCCACCCGGUGCAUGUGAAGGAGGAGCCCACUGAUGUGGAUGAGGACGGUCGGCCAGUAUCCCUCCUGGUUGGGGUCACACACCACAUGCCAUUGCCGAGUGACGAGCGCGAUCUGGAGGAGGAUCUUCCCAACGAGGACCUGGAGUAGGACAGAUCCUAGAACGGACCAGAGGGACGGGACACACAGCGAGAUCAACCCCCCCCCCCCCCCCCCCCGAGCCCUCCCGUCAGCCUGAAGAGGAAAAAAUUGCGACAGUACACUUGUGAGAAAAAGAGAGAAAAAAAGAGAAUGUUAUUUUUUGUUUUGUUUUGAAGAAAAUGCAAGCAACCAAGGAUGACAUUGAGAAACACCAAACAGGGUUAGAUGACCUCCGUUACUUUCAGACACAAAAAGAGAAGACUGUGGAGCACUGCUUUACCCCCAUGUGUUUCUUUCUCCGACACUUGGCUCAGAGGUGUACCACCACUUAAUGCAUACACACUCACACAAACACGCACACAGACACACUCAUUCAUGUCUCACCAUGUUUCGUUAUCCUCCCUGGUAACAUCAGCCUCUGUGUAGAGACCCCUAGAGGCGUUGACACACACACACACACACUCGUCUCCUCGCCCCACCACUCUGUACACACCCUGCUCACUGUCGUCUCGGGCUGCCUGGGUAGCCGCUUUAUCUCUAAUCGUCAGUUGAGGAGACACACAGAUGCGUGUGUGAGUGUGUGUAAGAAUGAAAAAAGACACACAGGAUCAUGUGUAUAUAGAUUUGGAGCAGUCAUCAGGGGCUGUGCAGUAUACCUCUCCUUCUUCCCCCUCUUGAGUCAAUCACUUGCUUUUUCAUUUUUAUUUGAUUUGAUCAAAAUGAAACUGUCGGGCCUCGAGAUAGGAAGGAAGGAAGGAAGGAAGGAAGGAAGGAGGGGUGCUUUUAAAGAUGACCUCCAACAGUGGUCCAAGCCCUCGACGACACCUACCCAACGAACGGAUGCGGCGCGGCCCCGGUCUGCCCACAAGCUUCUGCUCCCAGCAAGACACUUAGUGUUGGACAUCUUUUAAACUCUUCGCUUCUAACUGAGGAAAGCGAAACACAUUUCCAACCCACCUCCAUCCCAACCCCCACCCCCCAAAAGAUAAUGCAGGAAUAGGACCAUUUGGUGCUGUCCUUCUCCUCUCCUCCGUGUAGGGAUGGAGUGAUGAGCUUGGAACACUUGACGUGCGAGAAGAAAAAGAGAGGAGGCUGAUAGAAAAGAGGGAGGAAGCAUCUACAGAAAUAUUGUGACUAAAAAAGAAAACUGUUCAUGAUUAUGGAGUAUAACAAGAAAAAAAACGUGUGGUAGCUUUUGUCAUUUCCUUUUUUUAUUUGAUGUUAUGUUGACGAUGUUAUUAUCAUUUUUUGAGGAUCAAUAUUUCCAUGGUGGCGUUCUGUUUCAACGUACCUUUUCUAAGAAUGCUGUUUUUUUUGUUUUUGUGUUGUAAUUUGUUUGAUUUACUCUGGUUGCUCACACCAUUCCAAAUGAGUAUUGGCUAAAAAAGAGAGAAAGAAAUGAAAGCGCAGUAUUGUCCCAACUUGUGACCCCGCCCCUCUCCCGUUUCUGUCCCAAGUGUAGCAGGCAAGAAAUUUGGAAAUAGCACUUAAAGUUUCCAUUAUCCAGACAGAUUAUUUAACAGCUGAAUAUUUUUUGUGUUAAUUCUCUCUCAUUCACUUGUUUUUCGGUUGUGUAUUUAGUUGAGAAAUAUCAGUGAUGCUUUAAAAAAUAUAUAUUAUUACUGCAGUCAGAGAAUACCUCAUCCCACGAAGGCUCCGCCUGGAACUGUGUCCAAAUUGAUAAACAAAAUAAGGGGAAUUCUUUCUGUGGGACACCAAAUGUGGCAACUCUGCUCGGCUUCAGACUCAAAGCUCUAUGGUUGUAAUUGUUACUGUGUAGAAGCUAUCUGCAAUUCACUGUGUGAGUUUGUGUUAAAGGAAUAGCACGUGAGAUAUUUUUUUUGUUUUCUGUGAGCAUAAAAGCAUUACUUUUCUCUACAGUGCCAUACCAAAUUUUAACAUUUAUUUGAAUCUGUUCUCUGCUUGUUCCCGUUUUUAUUUUUGUUACAGGUAACCAAAGAAAUAUGUAGAAAACCAAAAACCCUGUAGUUUAUUUUGACCCUUUUUGAGUUUCCCCCCUUUGUUUUCCUUCUUCCUCCUAAAGAACUGGCCAAAAGACAACAAACCAGGAGUUUGAAUUCCUAUUAUUGUAUUCACAUAAAUUAUACAUGACUUACAGUGCUGACCAUUCCAAAAACCAAAGUGUGUGAAGCAAACUCGACUUUGGAGACAUGAAAGCUUUUUACAAAAGUGUUUAUGAAUAACUCGCAUUAGGUAUGAGGCCAAAAAAAACCUAGUAUUAAAAAACCUCCCACGGUUCCUCCAAAAAAAUAAGAGUAAAAAAAAUAGCACUUAGAGGUGAAACUCCCGCUCUCAGGCUAAACUGUAUUCCAAACAAUCCAAGGAUUGGCCCGAGUAGUGGGAGCAGACCUGAGGCACUCGUGACGUGUUUGAGCACGUGUAACAAAUAGAGACGUUAAACACUUGACUCUACAAGCUGUUUUUCUGGUGCUGUCAUAAUUAACAAUUUGAGUUUUUUAAAAGUAGGAAAAAAACAUGCUCUCUUAACCUGCAUGUAUUUACAGGAAGAGGAAGUGGACUGUGUUGUGGUUACACAACUCACAUCUUUCAACCAAUCCAAAUGAAUAUUAGGGAAAAACUAAAAAAAACAUACCAAUGUAAGAGGAAAAACAACCAAGGGACAUCAUGUGAUUCAAAGUUGGGCUCAUAUUUUCAUACCUUUUGUCAAACUAUCACUUGCACUCUUAUUUAACUAACGAACCUUUCUGAUGACUUUGUGUUCAAACAGGACUGUUUCCUGUCACAUUCGAGACUGAUUUCAGACAAAGUACAAAGUGGCAGACGGACGUCUUGAAACGAGAUAAAAAUAAAAACCAAAAAUAACACUACCUCCUUUUCGAAAAACAGUUCAACACAUAGCCAAUGGGAGACUGACCUCUCUUAGAAUAUGUUUUAUUUUUUCCCCCUCUCCAUUCUUCCUUGAUGAUAAUAAUGAAUGCCAAAAUAGUGUCGCGCUUACUGUAUGACUGACGAGGAAACAAAAAAGAAGCUAUUUGGUGAUCCGGACUCCCCAUCACAUCUGCUUGAGCCCAAAAACAUAGAGAUGUUUCACUUUCCAUGGAAUUUAAAAACGACUACCUCUCCUUUAAACCACAUCUAAAGCACUCUCUCUGUCUCAAAGUGUGCUGUGAAGCGCUCGCUACUUAUAUAAAAGUUGUCUAUCAGCUGUGUGAACCUGACCGUGCUCCUGCGCCUGAUUAGCACUGAGCUAUGUGAGCAGCCUCUGAACCGUGUGCUUCGACUGUAUGUGUGCAUAUUAAUGAUGGCAGCCAAUGAGAAGCCGCUCGUUAAUGGCCGCGUGGCGUUGCAGGGAGCUGGCUGUCAGGGGUAAUGAUGGGCAGAAUAUAUCAGACACACACACACACACAGGGACACACACAGAUAGCGUAGACGCAGGGCUAUGGGUUAGUGCAAACAGAGGCUCUGACCAUCCAGAUAUCCAAAGACCCACAUCCAUAGCAGUCACCCCCCCCCCCACCCAUCACCAAAACGCUCGCAGAGGCGCUUAUUGAAACACAUCACUACUAGUAGUAAUAUCCAAACCAAGAGGAACUGCUGCAUCCCGUACAUAGAUGAUCUCUGACUCGUGCUUUAAGGUACACCUGUAAACAAAGCUGUUUUAUAAAGAUGUAGAUUGUUCACAGGUCGCCAUGUAAGACUUCUGUUUUUUUUUUUGUUUUUCUCUCCAGCUCGGCAUAACAUGAUGUAUUCUUGUAUAGUAGUGCUUGACCUAUCUCUCCAGGGCAUUCUUUCUCAUUUUGUCCUUUCAGUUUCUCUUCUUUUUUUGGGGUUUGUUUGUUUUGUUUUUCUCCUCUGCACCUGUUUAGCUAUUGUAAAGCUUUCAGCUCUGAUUCCUAUACUGUACUGCUAAUGCUGAAGUAUAUGUAUUUAUCAUAUUAAGUGCUGCAGAUAUCUUGGUUUUAAUAGUUUUUUUUGUUUCCACUUUUUCAGUUCUUCAUAAAACGUCUGGGACGCUGAUUUUUUAAGUGUAUUAUCUCUAAAAAAAUUAAAAGAUUAAAAGUUAGAUCAGUGGUUUAGGUAACACCUGUUUGUAUAUUUAUCUUAGCUAGGUCUAUUUUGAUACUUUUUUGUCUCUGUACUGCAUUUAUGCAUUUUUAAGGAAAGAAAAAAAACAAAUGGAAAACAAAACAAAAAAGUUACUUCAUUAUGUAUUGAUACCUCAGAAGGACUUUUUCUCUAAAGACAGGACCAAAACCUCCAAAAAGAAAAAGAGAAAGAGGAAAAAAAAUGUGAGAAUAUGUAGCCCCUCUCUUGCUUUAAAAAAUGCAGAGCUCUAGAAAGGUAUUGCCGUUGGCCCUUUCAGGUGCCAAUAUAUGUCCAAGCUUCCUUGUGACCCCCCCCUCCCUCCCUUUGACCCCUGAACCCUGUCAUUCCUGUGCUGAACUCUGACCUCGCAGAGCUGUCAAUCGUCUGCAGGUGAAAUGGGGCUGUGGCUGAGUCACACCGCGCACCCUGCUGCCGGCGACCAGUCGCAGGCCGCAUCUCCCCGUCCCGCAAUUGCAGAUCCAAGACUGACCCUGUGGCAGUUUUUUGAUACUCCUCCUCUCUGCGUGUACUCUCAAUACCAAAAUGUGGAACGGCUCCCAGAGAUGCAGCUCAUCUUCUGACUACCAAAGGCAUUGCGAGCCAACAUUGCUUAGUCCAAACCCCUGAACUGUAACCAAACCGUAAAACCAAACCAAUGCCACAAACGUAACCAAACAAACGCUGAGCUGCUUCCAAAACUCUCUGACUUCACUGAUCACCUUUACAGAUAGCUGUUAUCUCUCGUACAUCCACGUGUUGGUGUUGUAGGAUCCGGUCUGUGUACCGCUUGGGCUGGCGAGUGACUCAAAGGACGUGGGAAACCCAGAUCCUGAGGUGUGAUUGGACAGUUCUGAGGUGUCACAUGAGGGGGAAGGGACUCUCAAAGCGGAGCAUUGCCUGACGGUAUUAUUAAGUAGACAGCCAGAAUCCAAUGGAACUACCACUUCAUUUCUCCUCGGGUUAAACCUUAGGAAUGUGUGUACAUUUUCAGCAGUGACUCUCUAUUGUUUCUUAGUUUCAGUUUACCUGCUUACCUCUCUUUAUCCUUUGUUUUUGUUUUUUUGUUCUGUUUCUUGUUAUUUGAAAGUGUGAGCCGAGGAGGAGGCGGGGACAGGGACUGGACCACGGCUUUAGACAGACAGUGGAGCCCAGCCCUCGGACCCUCCACCCCGGGUAGCCAUGUAAUGCCAGUCACUGCCCUUUCCUUCAUGCUGUAUAAAACACACACAUAUAUCUGUGUAUUUGUAACCUGAAUCUUCUUGUGUCUGUCCAUGCAGACAAUAAAAAACUGUACAGUAGGUCUAGUUGCAUGUAAUCUGUACUAAUUAUUGACAAUGGCAUUAUAAAAUGCAAUAAAAUACUUAUUACACUGUC